AUGGCGAGCAUAAUAUGGUCUGCUAAGUCGGGUAGCGACUGGUCCGAUAGCGACCUUGAUGCAUACAACAUCACUGUUGUGCCUGUUCAGCCGAGCGAGUUCUUUCCUAACCCAGAUCCGUCCCUCGACCAUAUCGAUCCUGAAAUCCUCAGCUCUCCUUUUGACGCCACACCCCUUUCGCUCGACGCUGCCCGAUACCUCCGCCACCUUAGACUCGCUAUCGACGCCCACCAGGAAUCCUUCGUGGACGACUUUGCUGCCGGGACCCUGAGGCUUCUAGGUUUCGACCAGGAUAUUGAUCCUCAGUCUCUACUCGACACAACCUUCGUUCUACUGGUCCUCGUUGAGGAUAAAACCCUCGCUAACCAAACCCAUGACGUGGAAGCGCAAGUCAUCGCGGAAGCCAUAGCUGCCUUCCAGUCUAACAAUGAUAAGCGAACCAGGCGAUGGCUUGAUCCACUACAGUCCAUGACCAUUCCAUGCAUAACUAUGAUCGGCACCCUCCCUACCUUCUAUCUUGUCCCCGUCACCCGAGAACUGAGUGCGGCGGUCAUCAGUGGAGAGUAUCCCGCUACUCCGACUCAGGUGUUGCAAUGUCGGACGGAGUUAGACUCCGACCUCGACUCGGAGGCUGGUAUGGAAGAUAUUGAAUAUCGGCAACUUGCCUUUAAACGCUUCCUUGCUUUCAAGACACUUGCAAGAACCCACUGGGAGCCUGUAUUGCAGGGGUUUUAG